AUGGAGAAGAUUUAUCCACGCAACUACAAACCUGUCCCCAAGGCAGACAAUGAUGGAGAUCCCAGUGAUAGUGAUACUACGCUGACAGUGCGGCUACGACGCCGCUCCGUACAGCAGUUCCUCAAGCGGAACCUGGCCACGAUCACCAUCACAGGUCUCCUCCUGAUCCUGCUGCUGCUGGUAAUUACAUUGAUUGCAGCAAUCACCCUCCAGCCUGUUCGACAAGCCCUAAGUCUGGAACACUCCUCGGUCUACUCGGGCUCCCACCAUGAUGGUCAGCGACAGUGUCUCCCCACAGCGUCCCGGACCAGACUCUCCUGCGGCAAUUCCACCGACGAGGCUGAAUCGCUCGGUUGCACAUAUGACCCCCUUUCGGCGUGCUGGCUACACCAGGAGUGUCCGCACGACUAUGUGAAGGAGUUUACGGAGUUUAAUAAUGGCAAGCCGUUUAUAUACUACUACGAUCAGGAAAUGACCCGACAGAUGAAGGACUACGAUGAAGUCGGCCGCAACGUCAACGGGUUUUAUUGGACUUCGAACCGGGAGCACCUAGUCCACUGCUUAUACCUCCUGCGGCGGGCUCAUGAUGUUCACAUGCGUGGGGAUCGCCUGGACACAAUGCUGGCCGACCAGGAACAUACCGAUCAUUGCACGAACAUGUUGGCAAAUUGGCUGCGAAGACGGGAUCCUGCGCUAGAUGAGCUGGGUACACAGGGCCAAACGCAUUGCUUCAUGUCGUGUAGUUAG